AUGGCACAGGAAACGGCAGUCUUCACAUUGGAAUCCAGUAUAUCUGAGGAAAUCGCCGCAAACGGCACAGCACAUGAUGUUGUAGAAUUGUUUUUGAACGAACUUGUGGCCGUGAUAUUCGAAGAUCUCCUCUUUUCUUUGACGAAUAGCACCAUGACGGCCCAAUCCGCCACCAAAGGCACUGUGAUUGCCGCCUCGUUGGCUUUUUCGACGUCGAUCUCAAACGUCUCGUUCCAGCGGUCGUUUCUUGAUCCCUUGGUACGACCACGCUCGACAUCGUCGAUCUUGAUCGAAACAAUGGACUCCGGGUUUCUGGUAAACAUCGGCGAGGCCAUGUGGUCGACAUUACGCACAGUAGACACGGUGAUUGACAAAACGCCGGUCAGCGGGUUUUUUCUGAAAGCGUUGAUGACGGCGUUUUCACGCGCCACGUCGUCGAUGUCAAUGUACAUCGACUGGUACUGUUUGAGCGCCUUACGCAUCAGCUGA